CAAAACUAACGAAGGACUCGGUAUAUUGCUUUUUUUCUUUUGCCUUGACCUUUCCAGUAGCAUCAAAGGGUAGGAUACGUAUUUAUUCUGAGGUGAGAAAACAUGUAUACUCUACAGACAGCAGCACAAGGAAAGUAAAACAUUUUCUUCAGUGAAGAAUGAGCGAAAGUUUCAAGGAAGGCCCUGACAUUCAGGGGACACAGUUCAGGGGUCCUUCUCUGUCCCAGCAGAGGAGGGUCAUCCAUUUCUCCAGCGGUGAGACUCUAGAGGAAGAUAACAGUGAGGAAGAGGAGGAUACAUCACAUGAGCAGGUGUUUAGGGAGCCUGAAGACAUGCUUAAACUUCCGUGGAGAGCAUAUACUUGGUCUCUGGGCAGGAAGUCAUUGCGCACUUGUGAUUUUCUUGGGGAAAAACUGGCUGGUCUACUUGGCCUUAACACUGCCAAAUACCAGUAUGCUGUAGACGAAUAUCAACGUUCCAUUAAGACCACAGCCAGUAAAGAAACGGAAUGCUCUUAUGAGGAAGGAACAGAGAGAAUUCACCUUUCUUCAAGGAUGAGCAGUGAAUAUGGGGCCACAAGCUCCCACAGAGCCUCUGCUGGUUCUCAAGCCUUCCAGAACAUUGAGCACAGAACUACAGGAUCCCACAACAAGGGCUUUCAAAAUGAUAAUGAGCACUGAGAAAGAACUAGCUAUUAUGAAUGAAACAUAUUAACAUGUGUUAAGAAAGCUAAUAUUCAUGUUGAUGAUUGUAUUUUUUGCUGUUCCUCUCGCUAUGGUUUCGACCAAACCAGGGUUCAAAUACAUGUAUAUUUGAUAUUUCAAAUACUUGUUUCUGUGUAUUUGAGUAUUGCCCAAAACCAGUACUUUUAUACUCCUGAGACCCAGUAAUACUUUUUUAAUGUAAUACAUCAGUAAUACAUCAGUUCUUGGUCCAUAUCACUGAGGCCAUACAAGCCACUGUAUUAAGUCCUGUUGUCCCUUUGAGAGGACAUUCUGGGCUUUUCUAUGAUAUCGCGCAUAGUAGCAACACAACAUCACGACAACCAUGUAUGGCGCUGUGUGGGCGAGCGGUUUGCUGAUGUCAACAUUGUGAACAGAGUACCCCAUGGUGGCGGUGGGGUUACGGUAUGGGCAGGCAUAAGCUACGGACAAUGAACACAAUUGCAUUUUAUCGAUUGCAAUUUGGAUGCACAGAGAUACCGUGACGAGAUUCUGAGGCCCACUGUUGUGCCGUUCAUCUGCCGCCAUCAACUCAUGUUUCAGCAUGAUAAUGCACGGCCCCAUGUCGCAAGGACCUGCACACAAUUCCUGGAAGCUGAACAUUUCCCAGUUCUUCCAUGGCCUGCAUACUUACCAGACAUGUCACCCAUUGAGCAUUUUUGGGAUGCUCUGGAUCAACGUGUACGACAGCGUGUUCCAGUUUCCCGCCAAUAUCCAGCAAGUUCACACAGCCAUUGAAGUGGGACAACAUUCCACAGGCCACAAUCAACAGCCUGAUCAACUCUAUGUGAAUGAGAUGUGUUACACUGCAUGAGGCAAAUGGUGGUCACACCAGAUACUGACUGGUUUUCUGAUCCACGUCCCUGAUUUUAAAACAAAUCCAUAGAUUAGGGCCUAAUUAUUUAUUUAAAUUGACUGAUUUCUUUAUAUGACCUAUAACUCAGAAAAAUCAUUGAAAUUGUUGCAUGUUGUGUUUAUAUUUUUGUUCAGAGUAUAUAUAUAAUAUAUCCCUUAUUUUUUCUCCCAGCUCUCAGAAGGUUAUUUUAGUAUUUGAAUGGUUGUUUGACAAAACAAACUAAUUGUCUUCCAAAUUGUAUUUGAAAGCACUGUAUUUUCAAAUACUUAUUUCAAUUAUUUUACAUUUACAUUUCCCAUGCAUCCCUUCAAUUUGAUUGAAUUUCUGACAAAAUACGUUUGUACAGUAUGCGAGCAAAUGUCAGACAUAUUUUGUAGAGCAGUAAUUGACUACCUUCAGGACAGGGCCAAAAGAAUUCGACGAGGAUGGGAUUCGAACCCACGCGUGCAGAGCACAAUGGAUUAGCAGUCCAUCGCCUUAACCACUCGGCCACCUCGUCGUUCUACCCAAUGCUAAACAGUUAGCUUUAUCAAACGAAGCUACAUAUGUUUUCACAACAUAUAAUGUUACAUUUCAGAAUCGUUCUGAUUUGUAUAAAUAAAAUGUAUACAUUUUAGCUUGCUACAUCUGUCUUAAUCAUUCCAUUGUGGUAGAUAGCUAAUGUUAGCCAGUUAUAAUAUUUAAACUGGACCUAUCAGCGUAAGAAAACACUGGCGCAUUCUGAAUUCAACAAAUAUCCAGUAACAGCAGCGAAUGCUUUGAAAGCCAAUAUGUAAAUGAUUGACAGAGUAAUUUAGUCUGUUUCGGAUCAUCGUGAGUUGUAUAACAUAACUUUAAACUCUUACAAGGACUCACAGAGAAAGGCAAGGACACGAAGACCUGUAACUCUGCAAGUGGAAAUGCCUGUUAAUGACUGUCAGAAGAAAUGGAAGAACCCGAGGGACACACUCGUCAGAUUCAAGCAGGCUGAAGAGCAGAGGAAAGCCUCUGGGGAGCCAGAUAGUUACAAGAAGAACUGGAUGCACAGCAGGAGAAUUUCCUUCCUCACCCCCUUCAUCCAGGCCAGGAGCUGGCAAGGAGACAGCACACAUGACUUGGAGGAUAGGGGAAAUAAGGAAAUGGAGAGGAACGGGGAAAGUGCCACAGAAGGCGUGGAUGACAAAUCAGCCUUCAUUAUCCACGAGAUCGAGGGGGACUAGGCAGACGAUGAGGACGCUCCCUCUCCUGACACUGCAUCAGGAUCCUAUGGGCCCAGCCAGAAGAGGAGGUGGCAGAUGGAUGGCAUGGAUGGAAUGGAGGACAUAGAGGAUGAGAUGUUCUUUAGUUUGCUCUCAUAUUUUAGGAAGCUCCCCCAUGGAAAGAAGAGUGCUUUAAAACUGAAAAAUACACCAACUUUUACAUGAAGCAGCAUUCCAAUAACCCACUGCCCCGCCGCGCCCCCUCCUUUCCUCGAUUCUGUUUACCGUGUUUUGUAAAGCAUAAGCCUACAUUUUGUCAUGUUACCAAUUAUGGUUCUAUACUCGGUUUGAUACUAUGCCUGUUGUUUAUGGUGAUUGCAAGGUCAAUUGUUAACAAAUAAAUACUUUAUAUAUUUGA